CGUACAUUCAAGUCUCCUGGUACUCGUAUUGUAAUCUUCCCCUUCCCUUUCCCUUGCCCUUUCGGUUGCCUCCAGAAGAGAGUGCUCUUGGGUCGUGGCCUGUUCGGCUUUGGAUUCGUAUUCUUAUAUUAUUGCUCUUCCCUCAUCCGUCUUCUUUCUUUUCUCUGUCCCUCCCCAUCUGUCCAACUCCGACUCCUCACACUCAUCCAACCCGCCCUCCCCGGGUGUUCCCUGUAAAACCAGACCCUCCGCGCCGGGUCCGAAUCCCAACUCCACGGCUUGGGUUUUUCUGACGACUCCAAUACCGAUUCUCAUUUCCCGCCCAAUUCGACCACCACUUGAGAAGCUUUGAAAUUGAGAUUCCCCUCCCAAAGUCCCGACGAUUCUGAAUAUUCUGGAUGGAAUGAUCUGAUCGCCCAACCGUUCCUCAAUCGAUAUUGAUAUCGAGCUGCGACCGAGCAUUCGCCAGUGCAUUCUUGAAGCCCACUCGCAAAUCGCAUCAAAACCGGGCCCGAAAUUCCCCUCCCGUCAUGGCACCGCAAGACACUGCCGGCCGCCCCAGUGAGGACAAACCGGAGGGCUUUUCCAAGUAUAUCAAGCGCAUGAAAACUGUUCUGCGCGCACGCUCUAGUUCGAAGCGCCAAUCCGUGGUGGCCGCCCCCGAACCCGCCGAGGCAUCAUCAAGUACACCAGCUCCUCCAGCUACAACCGCGCUCACCUCUCAGCCCGAACCAAACGUCCCCGCGGAACCAACGCUGGUCACCGAUUACAGCGCCCUCCAACAAGAGAAAGCGCGCGCCAUCUUCGCCAAAUACGGCCUCACCCUCGAACCGGGUGAAUGGAAAUCUCCAACGGACAUCCAAUUCGCCCGAGUCACCAAGCCAAUCCGCAUGCGCGUCCACCGGACCUGCCACCGCUGCGAAACCACCUUCGGCCCGGAAAAGGUCUGCGUCAACUGCCAACACCCCCGAUGCAAGAAAUGCCCUCGCUUCCCACCAACCUGCGAAACGGGCGACAAUGAGCAACCGCGCGUGCCCCGGCCUCGCGUCGCCGAAAUUCGCGCCCGGCAACCGGGCACGCUCCCUAUUACGCCGCAUCUCAAGUUGACGGGUAACCCGGCGGCGCCGUUGGUGAUGCCCUCGCGCACGGGCGGCCAGGAUCUGGUUCGGAAACAGGUCGUUCAGCGUGUGCGCAGGCGGUGCCACUCGUGCGAGACGGUGUUUGCGCCUGGUUUGAAAGUGUGCUCGUCGUGUAGCCAUGUGCGGUGCAAGAAAUGCCCGCGCGAUCCGCAUAAGCCGGACAAGUACCCCGAUGGAUAUCCCGGAGAUGUGGAGCCUCCGAGACUGAAGCCUGAGCGAACGUACAGGAGGCCACGGCAGAGAGUGCAUUACAUUUGCCACGUUUGUAGAGCGGAUUACAAUGAGGGUGCAAAUAUGUGUGGGAAGUGUGGGCAGUCAAAGUGUGCGGAAACCAUACGGAUUCCGCCGAAGAAGGUGAAACGAGAACCGGACCCCGAAGUCGUUCGGAGCGUUGAAGAGAAGAUAGCAUCCUUACGGAUUGCACAGUGAUGCCCUUGUCUGGUACAGCGCCUUCAAUGCCCGUGCAAAUCAAUUUCAAAUAUCGUUCAUAAAAUUGCUACUAUUGCAUUGGAAAUGAUACUCCUCCAUUUUCUUCCGGUUCCCUCCAGUCUAAUUUCUGUAUGGCAGUGAUGA